AUGGGGCUGUUGAUCGUCUUCCUCCCGGGACUUGUGCCGGGCCUUGUGGCGGAGUUCCUAGCGUCGGCGAUGGGAGGUGUCUGCAGCAGUCGCAGGAGUAGCCGUCGACGCCAACGCCAAGGCAUAAGAAACCCGAAGAGCAAGACAUGGCUGACGCUCCCCCCUGCACGGCUUCUCCGAAGGCGCUCGGUUUUCCCUGUGGACGUCGCAGUGCCAACGGCAUCUCGCAAAGCAUCACUGGUGUUCCUGGAAAUCGGAAGAGUUCAGUGUCGCGCCAAAGGUAGCUGGCAACCGCAGCAUCCCAGGCUGGAAAGCAAGUAUAAAUACUCACACGAUCGAGUCUCGGCAUCAGCUCUUGAGCGACGAGAACUGAGCAUCAUGAAGAACCAUCAGUCUUUGAUCGCCGCCGCGGCCGCGAUGGCGCUGCUGUGCCUGGCCGUGGCCGACCCCGUCCCUUACGGCGGCGGAAGGAAGGGCCACGGCGGGUCAGGGUCAGGCUUUGGCAGUGGAGGAGUCGGGGGUGGAGGAAGAGGAGCUGGUGGAUCAGGCUUUAGCAGUGGAGGAAGUGGAUCUGGCGGGUCAGGCUUCGGUACUGGAGGAAGUGGCUCCGGUUCUAGUGGAUCAGGCUUUGGAAGUGGAUCUGGUUCUGCUGGAUCAGGCUUUGGAAGUGGAGGACUGGGAUCCAGCACUGGUGGAUCAGCAUUCGGGGGUGCUGGUAGUGGUUCUAGUGGAUUAGGAUCAGGUGUCAGCAGUGGAGGAUUAGGUGGAUCAGGAUUGGGCGGCAGCGGAAGCGGUGCUGGACAAGGUUACAGCGGCAGUGGAGGAAGCGGCUCCUUUGGCAGUGGAGGAAGUCUUGGUGGAGGCAGUGGAAGCCUUGGAGGAUCCGGUGGAAGCCUCGGUGGCGGCAGCACUUUUGGCUCGACUGGUGGACUGGGUGGCAGUGGAGGAGUUGGUGGCAGCAGUGGUGGCUUCGGAGGCAGCAGUGGAGUUGGUGGCAGCCAUGGAAGUGGUGGAAGCCUUGGUGGUGGCAGCACUUUUGGUUCGACUGGUGGCUUCGGAGGCAGCAGUGGAGUUGGUGGCAGCAGUGGUGGCUUCGGAGGCAGCAGUGGAGUUGGUGGCAGCAGUGGCAGCACUUUCGGUUCUAGUGGAGGUCUUGGAGGAUCCGGUGGAAGCCUUGGUGGUGGCAGCACUUUUGGCUCGACUGGUGGACUUGGUGGCAGUGGAGGCGUUGGCGGCAGCAGUGGUGGUUUUGGAAGCAGCAGCGGAGUUGGUGGCAGCAGUGGCAGCACCUUCGGCAGUGGCAGCGGCCUGGGUGGUUCAGCAGGCGCAAGCAAAGGCGGGAGGGGCCACCUCAGCACCAGUUACGGCCUACCUAAUUAGUGCGUGAAACAGUGAAUUCCUAGCACCGGGAAUGCUGUUGCUGCUCAGAGUAUGUUGAUGUACACUUCCACAUGUGUACAAAUGUGGAUAUGACUCACAAUUGACUAUAAGAAAUAAAAUGCUGAUGCUUCA